GGCGGUCACUCGCGCCGGGCUGGAGCGACACGGAGGCCAGCGAGGGGCCAUGAGGAGGCCCGGGGGGUCCAGCGCUCACCGCCCGGCGCUCCUCCCACGCGCGGCGGCCCCCGGGCGGCCGCGGGAGUAACCGCCGCCUUUGUUCCUGGGUGCCCGUCCCCCGUCGCCGCCGAGAGACCCCCGCCUGGGCCCGGGCCGCGCGGAUGCUGGAGGAGGAGGAGGAGGAGGAGGAGAGCGGCGGCGCCGGCGCGGCGCGCGAUGGGGAACUGCUGCUGGACGCAGUGCUUCGGGCUCCUCCGCAGGGAAACGGGGCGGCUGCAGCGCGGCGGCGGCGGAUCCAAGUAUUUUAGAACGUGCUCCAGAGGUGAACACUUAACGAUAGAGUUUGAGAAUCUAGUGGAGAGUGAUGAAGGGGAAAGCCCAGGAAGCAGUCAUAGGCCUCUUACUGAGGAAGAAAUUGUUGACCUGAGAGAGAGGCAUUAUGAUUCUAUUGCUGAAAAACAGAAAAAUCUGGAUAUGAAAAUUCAAAGAGAGUUAGCCUUACAAGAAGAGAAGUUAAGACUAGAAGAAGAAGCUUUAUACGCUGCACAGCGUGAAGCAGCCAGGGCAGCAAAGCAGCGAAAGCUCUUGGAGCAAGAAAGAAAGAGAGAACAGCGAUACCAUCCUUCCAGCAAUGGAGAAUAUCAAAGUUCAGGACCAGAAGAUGACUUUGAAUCUUGUUUGAGAAACAUAAAAUCACAGUAUGAAGUUUUCCGAAGUAGCAGGCUCUCAUCAGAUGCCACUGUGCUGACACCAAAUACAGAAAGCAGUUGUGAUCUCAUGACCAGGACCAAGUCGGCCAGUGGAAAUGAUGACAGCACAUCCUUGGAUCUGGAAUGGGAAGAUGAAGAAGGAAUGAAUAGAAUGCUUCCAAUGAGAGAACGCUCAAAAACAGAGGAGGACAUCCUCCGGGCCGCCUUGAAGUACAGCAGCAGGAAGACUGGAAGCAAUCCUACAUCCGCCUCUGAUGACUCCAACGGGCUGGAAUGGGAGAAUGAUUUUGUCAGUGCUGAAAUGGAUGACAAUGGCAAUUCCGAGUAUUCUGGAUUUGUAAAUCCUGUAUUAGAACUGUCUGAUUCUAGUGUACAGCCACCAGAUACAGAUCAGAAGCGAUAGGGUAAGAGUGGGUGACCCUAUCUUACCAGUUAUGACCAAAUGUUAAAAACUUAAUUAGAAUGUAUAAAUGGAUGUACUGAGCCUUUUUGUAAGAGGGAGGUAAGAAACCAUGUUGUAAAUGCUUAUUACAAAGGAAAGAAGAAUGUUUUGGCUAUCUGAAUGGCUUCAGAAUUAAGUGCAAUUUCAUCAUCUGCCUUCUGCUUUUCAAAAACAAUGAUUCUGUCAUACGAUCAAUUAACAUUAAUUUAAACUUUUUUUCCUUAGCACAUUCUUGCUUAUUCAAGCCAUUUAAAAAUUAUUUUAUUGAUUUUAUUUUGAAUGCUUCCUUAGGUAUAUUUCAGUGGCUAACUCUGAAACUAUCAAGGCAUUUUUCAUUCUCGGCAGACAUGGAGGAACUGUCAGAUUUAGGAUCGUGUUCCCUUUUACAGCGUUACUUCUGUGACUUGGUUCAAUUUAUUAUCAGAUAGUAAGCACCAUUGAUUUAAGUAGAUGACUGUAAAGAAAUGCCUAAGUUUCCAUUUCUUUCUACAGAGUCUAGUGCGUUGAUGUGCAAACUUACAGAGUUGGGACACAAAGUUGAUUAAAAGUAAAAUUUAAGGGAAAAAAGAAAUAUAUAUAUACUUAGGUUUUUCACUUCCUUUUACAUGCCACUAUAAAUGAAUAUUGAAUUUAGGUUAAUUGAUGUAUUAACUUUCCAGGUCAUGUUUUUAAAUUCUCUAUUUCCAGUAGUCUAGAAAAACUUUACACAGAACAUAUUCUCUGUGCAUGAUUUAUUAAGAAAUGGAAACCUAAAAAGGUCAUACGGGUAUUUCAAAGUAAAUAAAUCCUUUCUGGUUCGAAAGGAUCAUUGAUUUUAAGCAGCUUUCAUUUGCCUUGUAAUACAAGGUGCUUUAUUGGGAUGAAACUAAGUAUGUCAAUAUAUAUAAUUGCAUUUUGUAAUAUAAAAUUAGCUCUUCUUUCUCUAAAGUUUAUUAUCUAUCCUUUAAAAAAAAUCAAGGCUAUAAGAUACUCCCUAAUGGCUUAUCCUGAUUUGCUGAGAACUGAGUAUGAUUUCAGUAAGUAAACUGAUUUUCAGGUUUUUCCCUUAAUAUUAUUUUUCUUUUUCUUGCAACAAUGACAGUGCAUGUUCUCAAAAAUAUAGGAAGGUCCAGAUAUAAAUAGUAACUUAAAGUUCUUGCUGUACUUAAAUCAUGUGGCCCUUUCAAUAUUAGAACUGCUAGGCAAUGACGUAGUUUCCUUAUCUCAUAGAGAGUAAACAUAACACCUCCAGUCUGUAAAAUAGCAGAUAAUGAUAUUAUUUAUGUCUAGCUUAAUUUAAGUUGUAGCUAUGUCAUUGGAAAUAAUUUAAAGGCAAUCUAUAUUCACAUUGCUUGUGUUAUGCUUUUUAAAAUUUGUAUACAUGAGAUGUAUAUUUUUGGUUUGGCGUAAGCUACUAUUGUAAUUUUUCUUGGCAUUUUGUUCAUAAAGAACUUUUUGAAGUAAUGGUAACUUCUCAAGCAUUGUGAAUAAUAAAAUUUUUUAUUGUUAAAAAUAAUAAAUUAUUUGAUUAUUACUGGUUUCA